AUGACUCUGCAGGCUCUCCCUCCCGCGCCCAGCGUCGGCUCCAAGACCCCGCCCCCACCUAACCCCUUCACGAGGCCCCUCCCCCUCCUAACCCCCGGUCCGGGGCGGACCACACGCUCACGGCAAACCCACGCCUCCACUUCGCAAGUUCGCCCCCCACGCCCCACCCCGGCGCUGACUCCCGCCGAACCGUUACCAUUCCCUCAACACCCAAGCGCCCAGCCCACCCCUUCCAGGGCCCUCUCCCGCCAUGCCGGGUCGAACGACCUCUCACAGGCCGACCGCACUGCCCUCCCCUAUCGGGGCCCGAAACAGUCCCACAGGCCGCUCACGUCACGCGACAUCCCCACCCGCCUGGCACCAUCUCCGCCCGCCAACCACCGGACACACCCAAGCGACUACUCCCAGAAGUCACACACCGGCCUCCACUCCUACCCCACCACCCCCCCGACGGACACCCCCCCCAACUCAGCGCCCAAACUUCACCAUCACCUCAAUUCCGACCGCCUCCCCACGCACCUGACCCACCCACCAGGCCCCGUCCCCUACUGCCCGCCUCACGAGCCCCCGCUCACCCCCCCCCACCCAGUGCCAGGCCAUCAGAGGCGCCGUCAACCCUCCACUCACCCCCGAACAGGCGCCCCCCCUCCCCCCAACCCCUCUACUUCUCAGAUCCUCUCUCCCCACAAGCCCCUUCAAAACCGCGCCAACGCCCACGCAUCUCCCACACCUCGAAUCGAAGCACCGACCCCGCACCUACCCCGCCGUCCCCACCUCUUCCCACGCAACCACCUCAAUCGCGACCCACCCCGCCAACACUCGCGCCAGCGCGAAGCGUACGAAUCGCGCACCCACAACGCAACACCCCUCGCCCAUAACUCACCACCUGCCACCCACCCCUCCCCCGCCCCUCUACACACCCACCCCUACCCCAAUCCGCUUGCACCAUCACACCCAGCAUUCCACGGCGUACGGGGGGGGGGGGGGGGGGGGGGGGGCUCAACUACCGCAAACCGUCGUACCCACACCCCACCUCCCAACGCCCCCCCUACCCAACCCCCCACCCCGCCAAACCCGUACACCCCCGUCACACUGCCGCAGGCGUCCCAAGCGCCUCACAUACCAAUCCUGCAGGCAUUCACCUGCAACUCCCCGCAGCCGACGCCGCCGCACACGGAGCACUUGGUUUCCCGUCACCACAGCACCGACCCCGAGACGACUCGGUCGGUCAAAUCCCUCACCCCACGCCUCAACGGUCCCGGCCGCAACCCGCAUGCCACUCGUCCACACUUUCCUCUAGAUCGACAGCGCGACGCAACCCCAUCCCCCCCGAGGUCACGCCCGCCGAGCGCCGUCGUCCCCCCCGAGCGUCGCAACUCCGGAGCCCUCACAUCCCACCGCCUGCCGACUACGCCACGCCCUCACUCGGACGCCGAAAGCAUUCGCAUACGUACCCCGCUCCCCGACAUGACUCCCCCACAACUCCUCACACGGCAAUACCAACUCCACCGACACCGCUCCUCGCGCUCAAAGGACACCCCGCACACCUUCCAUCCACCCAGGUCUCCUCUCCGCACCUCUGCCACCUCUCUUAAAAAUCGGACCAACGACUCGCCGCCCCCAAACACCCCUCAUGCGUCGACCAGUGACACCGCACCGCGCUCAACUCUGAUGAGAACAAGGUCUCACCCGCGCUGCCGCUUCGGCCAACAACAAACGCCCAACGUCACAGCCAAUCUCCAACUCUUCCUCCAUGCCUCACAUUCGCCAACUACCCCAUCGCGGUGCAGUAUCGUGCGUACUUCCCUCCCCGCCAGCCACGCCCCUCACUCCAAUCCUCGUCGCUCUCUCUCGGACUCGUCAUACCCGAACCACCCUUACACGAUCAGUCUCACUCCCCAUAUUGUACCCCCCCCCCCCCAGUCGGAACAACCCAACACGGAGAUUAAUUCCCCUCCCGCCUCGACCUGCCCAGAGCUCCACCCAGCAAUUACCAUCUCGACGGCAAAUGCCGAUCCACAAGCCCCUCCCACCGCUGGCGAGAUCCGCGCCCCGCCCAAAUCCGCCCCCACCACCACACAUUCUGGGGGCCUCUGGCUCGCCACGCAAUCCCAAACAGGACACGGCAUCCCCUACCUGAUCGGCCCAGGACACCCCGACAAACUUCUCGAACAUCCGGCCACUCAUAACCGCCCCCGUAGCCCCCACCCCAAAAUCCCGUCUACACCAUCAACCUCCGAGCACGCGCCGAUCCACUCACUCAAACCCUUGCCCUCCUACACGCAUACCCGAAACAACGCAAUGCCCGCGGCCCCCACCCUAUUCCUCGACCCUCACACCCGAUCCACACGCAACGCGACCACCCAAGAUUCUGAAAGCAACGGCCACCUGAAGCAAACACGCCAACCCAAACCAGCCUCAACCCCAAAACAGGCUCAAAAGCGCCGCCACCCGCCACACCACCACGCCCCCUCGGUCCCACGAGCACUCCCACUGCCCAAAACCGCCCAGCAGUCCAACAGAAUCAACACUUAA